CAUGGAUCUGAAACGUGAGAAGACGAAGUAGAGAUGGGGAUCUCCACCUGCAACCGCUCCUAUAUAUAACGAGGCUCACGUUGUCUCACCACCUCGGCGUGGCAGAAGCAAGAGGAAGACACAAGUUAGCGAUGGAAAAAGUGGUCUCGCAGCUGUACCAAGUCCUCCUCCUGUCGUGGGCGGCCCUGCCGGAGCUGCCGCUGGGCGAGCUGUGGCGGCAGUUCCGCGCGUGGGUGGCCGUGCCGCUCCUGCGGCUGGCCGUCUUCAUCUGUCUCGUCAUGUCGAUGAUGGUGCUGGUGGAGAAGGUCUCCAUGGGCCUCAUCACCCUCUACGCCAAGGUGUUCCGCCGCCGGCCGGCGCGGAUUUACAAGUGCGACCCUUUGACGGAGGACGAGGAGAUGGGCUCCCUGGCCUUCCCCAUGGUCCUGGUCCAGAUCCCGAUGUACAACGAGAAGGAGGUGUAUCAGCUGUCGAUAGGAGCGGCCUGCAACAUGGUGUGGCCGAGCGAUCGGAUCAUCAUCCAAGUGCUCGACGAUUCGACCGAUCCGCUCAUCAAGGAACUGGUGAAGAAGGAAUGCGAGAUGUGGUCCGAAAGAGGGAAGGACAUAAGGUACGAGAGGAGACAGAACAGGAACGGGUACAAAGCAGGUGCUCUGAAGGUGGGGAUGCGGUACAGCUAUGUGGAGUCCUGCGAGUACAUCGCCAUGUUCGAUGCCGACUUCCAGCCUGCACCAGACUUCCUCCUGCGAACAGUCCCCUUCCUCGUCCACAACCCCAAAAUCGCCCUCGUUCAAUCUCGGUGGAAGUUUGUGAAUGCUUCCGAGUGUUUGAUGACAAGAAUGCAGGAGAUGUCCAUGAAUUUCCACUUCAAGGUGGAGCAGGAAUCUGGUUCUACGGCGCGUGCGUUCUUCGGAUACAAUGGUACCGCUGGUGUGUGGAGAAUCAGAGCCAUUCAUGAAGCCGGAGGCUGGCAGGAUCGGACCACAGUAGAGGACAUGGAUUUGGCUGUCAGAGCAGGUCUCGCAGGCUGGAAGUUCGUGUACCUCGGCGACGUCAAGGUGAUUCUUCUGACGGUACUGUUCUCAAGUGUGGGUGCAUGUUCUCAGUUGCUGCUUGUCUUCCCUGUCGUACAGGUUAACAGUGAGCUACCGAGCACCUUCAAAGCUUACCGAUAUCAGCAGCAUCGUUGGUCAUGCGGCCCGGCGAAUCUGUUUCGGAAGAUGUUCUUGAAAGUGCUGAUGGCUGAGGGAGUUGCGAUGUCGAUGAAGUUCUAUGUGAUCUACAACUUCUUCGUGGCCCGAAGGAUCGUCUCCCACUUCGUCACCUUCUCGUUCUACUGUGCCGUAAUCCCUCUCUCCGUCUUCUUCCCCGAAGUCAUAAUCCCCAAAUGGGGCCUCAUGUACGUUCCCACAGCCAUCACCAUCAUCAAUGCAGUAGCAACACCGAGUUCCGUUCAUCUCGUAAUCUUCUGGGUGUUGUUCGAGAACGUCAUGUCCUUGCACCAAUGCAAAGCUGUUCUCAUCGGAUUGCUGGAAACAGGGAGAGUGAACGAAUGGAUAGUGACCGAGAAGCUGGGAGACACGUUGAAGACCAAAUCCAACACUUGCGCCACCAAGAGAUUCCGGUUCAAGAUCAAGGAGAGAUUCAAUCUCCUGGAGAUCAUGGUUGGCAUAUAUCUGCUCGUAUGCGCAUGCUAUGAUUACGUGUAUCGGGAUGACCUCUACUGCAUCUUCAUCUUCCCACAGUCUCUUGCAUUCAUGAUAAUGGGGUUCGGAUACAUUGGAACCAUCAUUCCUGGAGACAAAUAAGACAAGUUGAUUCCGAUUCAUUUGCCAAGAAGAAUUCCUUGGCCAUCGUUCCACUGAGUUGAAGUAGCAUGCAAGAGAGAAAAAGAAGAAGCAGCAGCGACGUAUGACCUGCUUCAUCACAGCAAAGAUUUAUGCCCAAGUCUUCAUGAAUAAAAGAGCACCCAUCAACCCCCUAUUGUAUCUGUCUCUUUCCAUUAUUGUAGCUAGUUUUUUGUUACAUCUAGUAAUAAUCAUGCAGUGGGCGCAGAAUUGCUUGUAGAGUACGUAAA